AUGGCCUCCAACAACCACCGCGAAACCCCGAAAUCGAGCAGGCGGGCACCCAGCGGCUCGCGGCCCCUCACCCCUACAGCAAGGGGAGAGAACCAGCGGUCCAACCCGGCUAGCACCACGGCACCCAGCCCGGGGACACCCGCUGGUGCUAGUGGCUACUCUCGGUCAGGCGCGGAGAAAACACGAACCCCGCCAUCCAGCCGAGAGACGUCCGCCAGUACUAGCGGCUCGGCCGGCACCGGCACUGACAGCACCCCGCCAUCCAGCCGACAUGCGCUAGCCAGCGUCUCUCGGUCCAAGACGGGCACAGGCGGUGUCGACGAGAGAGGGAGACAGCCGCGCAAGCAAUUGGACAACAAACGGAGCCGCAGCCGCAGCCGCAGCCCGAGGGAUCAGAGAAUGCAGCCGCCGAAACGUCCUCACCUCAGCGACAACAACCCUACGGUUGUCAACAGCAUGGCAGAUAAAUUUUACAAGCUUGCUGACACCAUGAUGGAGGCAAACCGAAAGCAAACAGCCACCGCCAGGGCACACACCGGCAAACUACCGGCAGGACUUUCAGCCCAAGUGAGGAACAUACAUAGAAACUUGGGAGAGCUGGAGUACAAGGCUUCUGAGAGGUUUACCUCGGCACACAAUGAGGCCGUGACUGCCCAGCUGGUGCAGUGCCUCCGAAGGAUGGGGAAGAAGACUGGGAGGAGAAAAGCAUGCAACCGAUGCUAUGAAAACCUGAGGGCCCAGAGCAAGCAGGAGGAGGCGGGGAAGGCAGAGACGACGAAGGCAAAGAAGAAGUUGACGAGCAGGAGAGACAGGCUAUUCAAGUCCAGACUGCGUGUCGCGCUGGAGCUGCUCAGUGAGGAGGACUACGAGUUCUUCAGCCACUCGGGACCAAUGUACAUGUCCGACGAGGAAAGUGAUGAGGAGGACAAGACGGUCGUCUGGGUAAAGCCACCUCAGUGGCGGGCACCCAGACUGACCGACAUGGCGUUAAGAUGCCAGAAAGUCCUAGACCUGAACUGGAGGAACAACACGACCCCUUCCUCCAACAAGGAGAGAAAGAGGAAGGACUUAGACUUUACUGACAGGCGGCGGCCAUCAGGACGCGCCGCCGAGAUGUACAUCUGGGUACCCGAGGAAGGCGAUGACGAUGACAACAGCAUGGGUGAAGAUGGGCGGGAAGACCACGAGCAAGAACAGGACCGGUCCGUGGAAAACGAAGAUGGAGAGGAGGAGCAGGAGCAGGAGGAGGAGGAGGAGGAAAGCGAGGAGGAAAGCGAGGACAGUGAGAGCUCUGGAACAGAAGAGGAUUGA